AUGGCGUCUGCGGAGCGGUUUAUGCGCGUGUACGCGGAGGUUCAGGCCUUUCUGCUGGAGCAGCUGAACUCCGACUAUGAGAUGGACCCCAACCGCGGCAGAUACCUCCGCUGCCUGAUGGACACGACGUGUCUUGGUGGCAAAUACAUCCGUGGCCUGACUGUGGUGAACGUGGCGGAGGGAUUCAUCGCCGCCGGUUCAUAUGAUGAGGCGACAAAGGAGCGCGUCCUCCAUGAUGCCUGCAUCUGCGGUUGGAUGGUUGAGUUUCUCCAGGCUCACUACUUGGUGGAGGACGACAUUGUGGAUAACAGCUGUAUGCGCCGUGGAAAACCGUGCUGGUAUCGCCUCCCUGGUGUCACUUCCCAGAGUGCCAUCAACGACGGUCUCAUCUUGAAGUCAUGGGCGCACAUGAUGGCGUUGCACUACUUUGCGGAUCGCCCCUUUUUAAAGGAUUUGUUUUGCCUCUUCCACAGGGUUGACUACUCGACGGCAAUCGGACAGUUUUACGACGUGACCUCCAUGUGUGACUCCAAUAAACUGGACCCUGAGGUGGCACAGCCGAGGACCACCGACUUUGCUGAAUUUACCUUGGCCAAUUACAAACGCGUAGUGAAGUACAAGACGGCGUUUUACACGUAUCUGCUUCCACUCGUUAUGGGGCUUUUUGUGAGCGGGGGGACCCCCUCUGUUGAUAUGAGUUUGGUGGAGCGGGUUGCGAUGGUGAUGGGUGAGUUCUUCCAGGCGCAGGACGACUUCAUGGACUGCUUCACCCCGCCAGAGCAGCUUGGGAAGGUUGGAACCGACAUUGAGGACGCCAAGUGCUCCUGGCUGGCGGUGACCUUCCUCGGGAAAGCCAGUGCCGCACAGGUGGCCGAGUUCAAGGCCAACUACGGUGACACGGACCCGGCGAAGGUCGCCGUGGUGAAACGACUCUACAGCGAGACAGAUUUGGGGGCGGAUUUCGCCGUCUAUGAGGCAGAAGUCGUGCGGGAGGUGGAGGAGCUUAUUUCGCAGCUGAAGCGGACCUCUUCCACAUUCGCGUCAAGUGUCGCCACGCUGUGGGAGAAAACCCACAAACGUAAGAAGUAA